AUUUAAAACCGUGUUAUUAAUUUUACUGAAGAGUGGAGUAUUUACUUUUAUCUAGAGAUGAAUGAGUGCAUAUAGUGAUACAUGAUUUAUUUAAUUUGUGCUGUCAAACAGUUUUCAUCUAAAUUAAUUUCACCAAACUCUAAGAUUCUGUGGGUAUGAGGUCUAUCUCUAUAACCUCUCUUUCCCUUGCCUUCACGGGCAGAUUUUGCAGCAUAAAGAAUGCCACGCCCAUUCCCUUUCCUAUGAAAAAGAUGAAAUCUUUGAGGACAACAGGGGUGGCUUUGAGUGUGGUUUUUGGGUGUCUCUUGUUUGCCCUUCUUGCUGAGCUUUACUACUUGUUGUGGUGGAGAAGAAGAAUCACAAGAAGGGGGAUUGAAGAUGGUCCUGGGAAAAACCUCUUCUAUUUCUUCUUCCUCUGCAGGAAAAAAAAACAAUCUCCCCCUCCCCCUCCUCCCCCGGUUCCUUCUUCUCCCGAUCCUGGGGUUUCGGUUCCGAAACCCCAGGAAGAGGAGAUGGACUCGGAGCUGUUGAGGCUCGCGGGUCCGCCGAGGUUCCUCUUCACGAUAAAAGAGGAAACUCGGGAGGACCUGGAGUCUCAAGACAGGAAACCAAGAAGAAGACUAAGUGAUGUUCUCUUUCUCCAAGAAGGUGGAGAUAUGGACAACAAUGCCCAUUCUACCCCAUACUUCACCCCACCCCUAACCCCACUGAACCCUCUCUUUGAACCCUCAAAUGGGUUUGAGUUCACCCCCAUUCUUGGUGGUGGACCCUCCCCACCCCCCACCUUCAAGUUCUUGAGAGAUGCUGAGGAGAAGCUGUUCAAAAGGAAGAUCUUGGAGGCUGAAGCCCAAAGAUUUCCCAAGAAAAUGGGUGUUUCUGCUCAAGUUGAUGUGGAGGAAGAAGAAAGGGGAGAAAAUGGCUCUUUUAUUAGGCUGAUGAUUUGCCCAAGAAGAAGAGAUGAAGAGAUUGAAAAUAUCUAAAGGUCCUGAACUUCAGAUCUUCUUCUCUUUGCCCUGAUCCGAUGUUAUCUCGCGAUCCUUCGAUGCCCAGUUUUCAACUUUUGAGUGAUAGUGAUGAUGAGGCACUUCCUAGAUAUGGAUCCCCUCCUCCAUCGAAGGCUGAGAUUAAGAGGGCUGAGUUAAAUCGAUGGGGAUUUGAUGGAGGAGAUACGGAUUCAUCCGAAACAGAUCCAACUUGGAGCUUCCGCAAAAAAUAUCUAGGGGGUGG